UGAGGGGUAAAAUUUAAUCUUUUUUCCUUUCAUAGCGAAACCCUGAGAGCAAACGGCGGCCGUCGCCCAGAUGAACGAGGCGGUCGACGAGGACGAUGUGUUCCUCUCGAUGGUCGAAGCUGCUGAGGCGGCGGCCUCCGGAGGGAGAUUCAAGCGCCAGAAGUUCAUUUCUUCCUCCGGAGAUUCCGACGCUGGCGUCCCGGACGCCAAGGAGGGAUCCUACAUGGCGGCGCUCCGCGGUAGCCAUAGUAUAGUCUGGAAUAAGCAGUUGACUGAGAGACAGAAGAACUCCGGGGUCCCCCGAUCCGGCAACAAUCCCUCGAUGAACCCUGCGUCUUAUACAGGCGGAGGCGCUUGCUUCAAGUGCGGCCUGGAAGGCCACUGGGCAAGGGAUUGCGAUUCCGGGCGCGGAGUGGAGUUGAGAGGAGGAUCAGAUUCUGCGAGCAAAGAGUACGGCGAGGUGCCGGAGAAGGCGUGCCCUUGUGGAUCUGGGACUUGUUUGAUUCGUACUUCGAACACGGCUAAGAACCCCGGUCGAAAAUUCUACAAGUGUCCUCUUCACCCGGAUAAUGGUGGUUGUAGCUUCUUUGAGUGGUGCGAUCAACCAUCACCUCAUCCUUCUGCUUCUCAAAAUGUCUUUAACAGUCGUUCAUCACCGUAUACGGUUAAUGAAACCACUAGAAACUCAAGCACUCAACUGUCGAGCGAGAGAAGCAGUUCAACUUGCUUUAUGUGUGGACAGGAAGGUCACUGGUCGCGUGAUUGCCCCAACCGUUCCGAGCCAUCCAAUACCUUUUCAGACACAGCAGGAAAGUGUAGUUCCACUGCCUCAAACUCGUGCUUCAAAUGUGGGCAAGGAGGUCACUGGUCCAGGGACUGCCCCAAGCAGUUGUCUUCGUUCUCAAUUGAUGCAUCCGUUAGCACAACAAGAAAGUCCUUUGGUUCGACAGACUCGAAUACUUGUUUCAAGUGCGGGAAGUCUGGCCACUGGGCUCGAGAAUGCCCUGCUGAAAAGCCUUCAGCAGCCUCUGCAAUUCACAAAAAGGUAAACUUUUGAUGUUUUCGGCUAUAUCUGUUGGAUGUUUUGGGUAGUGAAAUAGGUUUGUUAGUCAAGAACAAGGCUUCUUUUGUGAAGAACAACGAAGUCUUAGAAUUGUUGUCUUCCUUUUGAAUGAGGUUCAUCCAUGUUUCUUGAACAAAACUAGACGAGUCGGAUCAGUUCGAUCGAUUAAACACUAUUCAAAUGAUCAAAGGGGAGAUGACAAAACAAGGGUUGAGAUUCGAUGAUGGCAUAUACAUAAAAUAAAACCAGAUUGUCCCAUCAAACACAUGAAAUGUUAGUUGUUAGACUAUGACUGUUCUAAUGAUAAUUAUUGAUGGAGGACCACUUACAUAUUUUCA